CGAGCGCACACUGCGCACACGCACAUCCUCAUCGUCCUCCCUGGUGUCCUCCCCCCUCAGGCUCUGGCCACAUUCUCUGCGUGAGCGAGCGUGCUUGGCGUCCACCAUGUUGAACACUGCCGCCGCUUGGUCGUCCAACGUCUCCCAGCUCGAGCUACUCAUCACUCGUGCAUGCAAUCCCGCACUCGGUGAGCCCAAUUAUGCGCUGCAUCUCGAGGUCGCAGAGUAUGUCAACCAAAAGAAGGCCAACAAUCCGCGGGAAGCAGCGAUGUUCAUCGCGCGUCUGGUAAACCACCGCAAUCCGCACGUCGCAAUGCUCGCCCUCGCGCUUCUCGAAACCCUCGUACAGUCCUGCGGAUACCCUUUCCAACUCCAGAUCGCGACGAAGGAGUUCCUGAACGAACUCGUCCGCCGCUUCCCCGAGCGCCCACCGCCCUUCCCUGGUCCAGUUAUGCAGAAGAUCCUCGACCUCGUCCACAGCUGGAAGGAGGGCAUCUGUGUCGAGUCGCGCUUCAAGGAUGACUUCAGCAAUAUCAGAGACAUGCACCGCCUGCUCACCUUCAAGGGCUAUCGCUUCCGGGACAUUCCCCGCCAGCCAGUCGCGCCAAUUGCUUCGAAUUUGAAGUCGGCCGAUGAGCUCGAGGCGGAAGAUCGGGAAGCGCAGGAGGCGAAGCUGCAGGAGCUCAUCCGGAGGGGAACACCACGCGACCUCGCGGCGGCACAGGAGCUCAUGAAGACCCUCGCGGGCGCGAACCCAGACGCAAAGCCCGAUUAUCGGACACAGGCCCUCAAUGAGCUAAACAAGCUCGAGAGCAAGGUCAUCCUGUUGAACGAGAUCUUGGACAAUGUGGAUACAGCGAGGGGAGAGCGGUUUGCGCAAGGAGACGUGUAUGAUCAAGUAGCAUCAAUACUGAAAGACGCGCGGCCAAAGAUCCAGAAAUGGAUCUCCAAUGCCGAGAGCGACGACCCAGAAUCCCUCAACCUCUUCCUCCAAAUUAACGACCAGAUCAACACCGUCCUCAACCGCUACGAGGCGUACAAGAAGGGCGACUUCUCCGCCGCGUCGAACCCCAUCCCGCCCGAGCUCAGCAACGGCGCGUCCGGUUCCGGCGGCCCGCAAGCGGUCUCCCUCAUCGAUUUCGACGACGCCCCCUCCCAACCCGCACAUCCAACGGGCGGCCUCGACGAUCUCGCGAGCUUAUUCGCAUCUGCCCCAGCACACACUACACCGUCGAUGCCGGCGGCCGCACCAGGGCAGGGGAUGUACGGCGCGCCGAUAGCGGCGAUGGGGCUGGGCAUGAACAUGAACAUGAUGACGAGCGCGCCAGCUACACCUGCGUACCAGUCGCCGCAGCCCGCGCCCUCACAAAGCGCGACACGCGCAGGCACCGUGUCUCCCCCCUCGGGUCUACAGUUGGGGUCUAUCCGGCUGGGUACGCCCCAGCUGCAGGCGCAGAGCCCUCCGCUGCACCACACGCAGUCGACGCCUGGGUUCCACGGGCAGCCGCAGUACCAACAGCCGCAAUACCACCAGCAGCCAUCUCAGCAGCAACUAUUCCAGCAGCAGCAGUUCCAGCAGUCGAUGCAGCCGCAGCAGCAGCAACCACAACAGCCCGUGGCCCCACCAGCUGGACAGGCGCAGGGAAAGGACCCAUUCGCGGAUCUUGUAGGGCUAUUCUGAUGUAUCGACUAUUGCUAUUUACUGUGCCGGGGGAGGAGGGACGACGCUUGUAUGCUAGUUGUGCAGAUAGGCAUCUGGACGGAUCGCUCGGUGCUCACGC